AUGAGAGCCCACCACGAAGAGGGACAACAGCACGGGAUUGUGCAGCUCCGAUGGCCGAAUAAUCAACCGACGCGUAAGUGUCCGUCAUUUCUGAGGGGCAUUCGGACAGCUGACGUUUUAGGAAAGCAGGAGGUAGAGCUUCACUGGCUAUUGCCAUUGCUGCUAGUCCAGGACGAGCAGAUGGCGCACCGCGACGGGACACUUCGAUUGUACCUAGAGGGCGGGAUCAAGGGAUCCUAG